AUGAUUGAGCACUCAAGAUUGAUCAGCAUCUUCUUGGGCUCUGGAUGUUGUCAGAACGCCGUCAAGAUCUUGGCAAAGAUGGAGCCUUCUAGCAAGGCUCUGUGUUUCCACAAAGCCCUGAAUAGCUGCCAAGCUAUUGGAACAAUUCCUAAGGAGCUGGAAGGUGCCAUGGAUGCCAAUGCCUUCAUAGCAGAGCAUGAUGUGCCCGCUACCUGCUCGUACCUUGCAGCAGAGCUCUCUGUGGAGGAAGCCAAGAUGCUGCUGGAGAAGGGAAAGAGCAUGGAGAGCGUGAAGAAAACAGGGACAGGGAACAGGAACAAUGCUUGUGUUUGCAACUGGCUUUGUGGACUAGGCUGGCACAAGCUCCACAAGGCAGAGUCUCUCUUGGGCAAGUUUGUGAUGGUGGACAAGGAUGUGGAUGGAGACUUUGAGCUCAACGAGGAAUACCGGGUCGUGGAGCUGCCGGACAGCAGACAUGCACCCAUGCGUUGCCGUAGCUGA